UUGACACACAAAAAGUUAAAAAAAUUCCAAAAAAACAUUUUUUCCAGCUUAUCGUAUGAAAGUGAAACAUGUGGUAAGUUUAUCGCACAGUAGUUAAUAUUGAAUGGUGCCAUGUACAAAAUCCUUCCUGGCUCUAUUUGUUUUGUUGUUGGUAAUUUUCACUAGUUGCGGUUUGAUUCGGAAUCCAGAUUUACGGAUUUGAGGUACAGCGCAGUCAGUUUGGUUUGAAGAUCCCAACCUUACUUCCGCAAACUCACAUCCUGAUUGAAGGAACCUUCAACCUGUUGAUCAGAUAAAUUACGGUAACACAAUAAGCGAACACCGUUCGUGUUGGAGCGCCGCGAUGGGUACUGAAGAUCAGAAUACUCAGAGCCGUGAUAAUUCCCAGCUGAAUAUCGCGGAGAUUUUCCACGCGCUCAACCUUUGCACAUCGUCCCUGGAUCCUGAGAGUGUUCGUGCCGGGGAACAGAAACUCCAGGAUUAUCGCAACCAUGCGCAAUUUCUGCCGGCACUCGCCACCAUCGUCUCCGAUGCAAGCACCAAUGAUACAGUACGCACACUGGCGGCCAUUGUUUUCAAGAGCUCGAUCGAGCGAUUCUGGCGCAGCGGUCCUCUUAUGCUGCAGGAGCGCGACAAGCGAGCUUUGCGCAGUCUGAUGUUUGCUUCCUGUUUCCAGCAGCAGUGCAUCGCUACAUUAAAGCAGCUGCUAGCGGUUAUUGGAAAAAUUGCCCGUUUUGAUUUUCCACGGUCGUGGUCCACGCUGAUCGAAGAAAUCGGACAGAAGUUGGUGGAGGAUAACCAUGAAAUCCAGUAUCGUGCCAUGCGUCUGCUGCACGAAUGCACUCGUGAAUUGGCGUGUAAACGACUGCCAGCUGAUCGGAAGGCAUUUCUUGAGGUCUCUGGAAACAUAUUUCUUCCGGUUCUGGAUUUGUUCCAGAAUAAUCUGGGCGUGGUUUUGAAAAGCCCCUGUGAAGCGCUUCCGAGCAAUGCGAUUUAUGUGCAGAAAGCCUUGUACGCGGCGAAAGUUCUGCAAACAUUGAUGGUCAAUGGAAUUAAGGAUCACAAAGCGUUUGGACCAUAUCGAAAAUACUGGGAUUUUGUCGGCGACACUAAUCUGGUGUUCAGUUUAUUUGAUUACGCCUCGACAAGCGAGAAUCUACUGCAGCGGCCCGAUAUCGUGGAUGUCGCUUCUAAUUUGCGGAAGAUCGGUCAUCGCAUUCUACGAACGCUCUUGAACAUGAUGGAGGAGCAUCCACUAGCAACAUCUCAGUGUCUGGAGCGGUUGAUGGUACAAGUAAUUCCGAUCGUUUUUGGAGAUGUUGCCCGCUUCAACUUAUCGGAGCGCGUGCUAGUGACUGCCAUGAACAUCAUAAAGAUUUUCCAUUCGGAGCGAAGCUAUCGUUCUGUUCGACUGGAAGAUGGUCCAGAAACUGCGGAUUUCAUGCGGAUUAGGGAAAAUUGUUUUGGCUCUGCUAACGUGAUACACAUGGUGGACAUGGUUAUUACUCGAUAUUUACCGCUUUCUGAAGCCGAUAUUGAUCGUUUGGAGCACGACACAGAGGAUUUUUGCAACGAAAUCGAAGGUCACGAAAACUGGAAGUUCUGCGUACGUGCUGCUGCAGAAACCCUUCUUUCUGCAUUGUGUUAUUGCAAUCCUGACGUUGGAUCUCAAAAAAUUGUGGAACUGAUAAAAAGCACUACGGUGGAUACUGCCAUGGCGCCAGUGAUGCGGGAAGGCAUAUAUUUUGCUGCUGGUUUAGCAGCUUUUCAUCUGUUUGAUUCAUUGGAUUUUGACUCACUUUUCAAACAAAAUCUUUGGCAGGAAUAUCAGAACAAAUCCCCUAGCAAUAUGAUCAUUCGUCGGCGAAUUUUAUGGCUUGUUGGAGAAUGGUCUUCUGUUCGUCUGGCUAAUGAAUCUCGAGCUGUCAUGUUCAAAAUGAUCGUAGAUGGCCUUCAAAAAUCUGAACAUUUCGCUGUGCGGUUGAUGGCCGCUCGUGUCAUCAAGUCCACGGUGGACAUCUUCGAGUUUCGUGUGGAUGAUAUUAUGCCGGCAGCCCCGGCUAUCAUUGAGGGUCUGCUAAGUCUAUUGUCCGAAUGCACAUCGAAUGACAGUCAAGUUGUUGUGCUCAAUUCCCUAAAUGUGACCUUGGAACGGCUGGAGUCCCAUAUCCAGCCGUUUGUUGGCCAGCUACUGCAGUGUCUCUCCGGAUUGUGGCACAGCAGUGCAGAGAAUCAUUUGGUGCAGUGUGGGAUUGUUACUGCGGUGCGAACAGCCGUCCGUGCUUUGCGCCAUGAUGCAGCGAAAAUUGAGCCAUUCGCGUGUGAACUCAUUGCCCUCAGUACCGACUUAACCAAUCCCGUGUCUGUCCAUUUGAUUACGGAUGGACUGGAAUUAUGGAAUAGUUUGAUUCAGAAUAGUGAGUUCUGUGGAGAUUCGUUAAAAAAACUCUUAGUGGAGCGCCUGCCUGCCAUGCUGGAGAUUGCUUCUGAAAACAGGGAAUUGGUUCGGGAUGUAAUUGAUAACUAUAUGUUGUUGUGUCCGGAAGUAUUCUUUACAGAGUUUUAUGAAAAAUUGAUUGUCUGGGGUGCUGAGGAAGUCAACAAAGUAAAGGAAGAAGGCCUGGCCAUAAUCAUCAAAAUGCUGGAUUUGAGUGUGCAGGUGUUUGAUGCGGCGGCCAUUCCCAAAUUGGUGCCAUUGCUCGUUGUGCUUAUUUGUGAUUUACCAACAGAUGGCAAUCGAGUUUUUGCGCUGAAAAUGGGUUUACUUGCGCGCUGCAUAUACGCCAAUUUUUCUGCGUUUUCCGCUGUAUUCUCCGCAGUUGCCAUUGAGAAGCAUGCGCCGGAUCCUGUCGAUGUUUUCCAUGCGUUUGUAAAAAUAUGGACUGAUCAGAUCACGUGGAUUUCCAAGUUGGAGCGGACAAAAUUGUGUGGUUUGGCGCUGAUGCAAAUGAUGACAGCUGAUCCCAAGCUGAUGGCUGUGCAUUUUCCUGCUGUAAGUCUGGCGCUCGUCGACAUCAUGUCGCAGCUCUCAACCGGUGAUGUCUACGGUGGAGACGCCCCUCGGGCAGAUGGUGAAAUUGAUUUGCUAAAUAUUAGUCAGGAUGAAUCAUUCUCCAAUGAGAAACUGACCCAUUCGCUGAUGGCGACCGGAAGUUAUGAUGAUUUGAGGAAGCACGACUUGAAAAAUCGCAAUAUUUGUUAUUCCAUCGAUAUGGUUCGGUAUCUCAAAGACAAAUGGCGAGAAUUGGCUGCCAAAACAGGAGAUGCGUUUAUUGCUAAUUUAUGGAAAAUGCUAGAUGUGGAAACCAAAGAAAAAUUUCGCUACAUUGUUUCCUGACUUGGAUGAUGGUGGACUAAAUAUUCCGGUAUUCACAGGGAAACCGUGGUGGUUGCCUCUUGAAAUGUUCUGACUUGUAAGGAGAUGCACCGUUGCAGUUCUGUGCAGGUUUUAAUGUGACAAAGAGUUCGAUUUGAUUUUAAUGAUUUACCAAUUGUGAAUUUAUGGCAAACUGUUUCUUUACUUCUAUAUCUGAAAUAACAAAAAAUAACAAACAAAACCAUG